CUUUUAAGCCAGGCACUUUGCAGAGGGAGGAUCCUGGGUUGAUAUACAAACAAACCCUCGCCUGGUCACCUAGUCCUCACUCAGCCCAACACACAGCUACAGCCCGCAGACUCUACUGCUAUUCCUUCACACAGAUAGCAUAAAGUUGAAGUGACCUGACAUCAAGAUGGCAGCACAGGGAGCUGGAAUGGCCAACAAGGGUCCCUCCUACGGCAUGAGCCGGCAGGUCGCGGAUAAGAUCGCCAGUAAGUAUGACCCCGAGCUGGAGCAGAUCCUGGUGGAGUGGCUCAGCCGGCAGUGCGGCUCUGGCGUGGGCAAGCCCGAGGCGGGGAAAAUCGGCUUCCAGGCCUGGCUGAAGGAUGGAUGUGUGCUGAGUGAGCUGAUCAACAGCUUGGUCACCGGGGACAAGCCCAUCAAGAAGAUCGGGAGCUCCCCCAUGGCCUUCAAACAGAUGGAGCAGAUCUCCCAGUUCCUCACCGCCGCCGAGAAGUACGGCGUCAUCAAGACGGACAUGUUCCAGACGGUGGACCUCUGGGAAGGUAAGGACCUGGCUGCCGUGCAGAGAACCCUCUCCGCUCUGGGCAGCUUGGCCGUCACUAAAGACGAGGGGACCUACCAGGGCGACGCCAGCUGGUUCUUCAAGAAAGCCCAAGAGAACAGGAGGGACUUCAGCGACGACCAGAUGAAAGCGGGCAAGAACGUGAUCGGCCUGCAGAUGGGAUCCAACAAGGGGGCCUCUCAGCAGGGCAUGAGCUACGGGAGCUCUCGACAGAUCCUCUGAAGCCCCUGACCCCACAGACGGCCCCAAGAAACCCUUCCUCUCGAGAUAGCUGGCUUUGUAGUCUGUGGUAACACCCGUAAAACCCUCCUAGUAACCCCCCACCCACUGUCCCUAGCAACAGCCCCACAUAGAUGAGCAACACCACAUUAACCCCCCCCCCAGCUUCCCCCCAGCCUUUUCUCCCCUACAGAUCUCCUCAUAGGUUCCGCGUACUCAAAACCUCUUAACCAAUCCUAACAUCUUAACAUCUUCAGUGGUCUCGAUCCCGCCCACUCAAAACCUCUUAACCAAUCCUAACAUCUUAACAUCUUCAGUGGUCUCGAUCCCGCCCACUCAAAACCUCUUAACCAAUCCUAACAUCUUAACAUCUUCAGUGGUCUCGAUCCCGCCCACUCAAAACCUCUUAACCAAUCCUAACAUCUUAACAUCUUCAGUGGUCUCGAUCCCGCCCACUCAAAACCUCUUAACCAAUCCUAACAUGUUAACAUCUUCAGUGGUUUGUGGUUAACAGAAGCAGCGUGCCACGGCCAUCACAUGUUACUUUGAAACUAAGCUCAAUCACUUCCUUCUCAUGCACCAUGAGGACGAUGAGCAGGACACACAGAGGACCCCUACCACAUCAUUCAUUGACUGAACUCAGCAUUGACAGAGGUCAAGGCGUCUUUAAAUCCAGCCCCGCAAAUAAUGAUUAUAAUAUCCGUAUUGAACAUAGUUCAAUGCGGAAUGAGAGGACAGAGGUCGUGGGUGAUGUACAAAAUGUGUUCCUCUCGCUGAUACAAUUCUCAGUAAGAUCAAAUAUUUCUUUGAGAUGGCUUUACAUGCUGUAUCGGCACCAAUAUUUUGUACAUUGUCUAAUUAAAAGAAUGACUUUGAAAUACAUCACGUA